AUGCUACUCAAUUCUCAACAAUUAGUUUUAAAAGUACAGUCUGAACUUGAACCAUUUAAAUUGGAAUUUGAUCAAUACCAACCGGGACUACAAGGUGACAAUCAAUUGAAAUUGGAUGAUUUAUUUAAAGAAUGUGUUAACAGAAUUAUUGAACAAAUUUACAAUACUAAAAUAAUCCCAGAAGGAGCUUUUGAAAUUCGACAAGAUCAUCAUAGUGUUAAUUACAAAAAUCUAUUUCAAGAUUAUUUUCGAUUAAAUAAUCUUAAUGAAAAUUUUAUCAAUUUGAUUAAUGACAAGCUAAAUAAAAUUGCUAGUGAUCAAGAAACAUUGAAAGAUUAUAUGAAGACUUGGUUAAAAUUAUUCGAUGAGAUAUCACGUUCAACAGUUGUAAUUGCUGCAUGUAAACGAGAUCAAUAUGCAAUGUUUUAUUAUCCAGUAUCACCAUUCUUUCAACACGUCAUUGAAUUAUUACAAACAAAAGGACAUAUAACACCCAAAAAAUUGUAUCAGUAUAUACAAACUAAAAACGAUCCUGAUAUGGAUACAUUACAAAUAAUUUCAUCAAGCGAAAGACAAGAUGUUAAUCAGCCAGUUCGGUACGGCAAACAUGCGGAUGAAAUUGAUUUAUGUCCAGUUAUUAAGCCAUACUAA